CUUAAAAUUGAAGUGGAGAAGAGAAUGUUGGCGUUGCUUGACGCUUGGAGAUUGGGCCAAAGAGAAUGUUCUAAGGUGGUCGCAAGUGUCAGCUUCUAAGAUUUGUCAUCGCGGCGCCUUUGGGACCUUCUUAUCGUCACACGACCAAUCAGAUUGCUGGAUUUACUAUACUGUACACCCUACCUUCACUGAUCAUUCCACCCUCUUUAUUAAGAUCCUAUCCGACCCUAAACGAAUCCUUCUUUUAAGAUUCUCCCCCAUUCCUCUGUUCUUUUUAACGUUGAUCAUCUCCCCCUCUUCACCAACUGCUAACAUCCCCUCUCCAGUUUUAUCUCGACUCUUGAAGAUGGAAGUUUGUGGGGACUCUGAUAACUUAAAGAACCGCCCCUUGACUCCGCUUAGGAUCCUAGGAGGUGUCAUCAUCUUACUCAUCUUCCUCUCCACGGCUUUCAUGUUCCUCCUCUACUUCUCACCCAUCUUCGCUCUAGCCUUACGUCUCCUAAGCGUCCACCAAUCCAGGAAAUCCAUAUCCUUCAUCUUCGGUCACUGGCUAGCUCUCUGGCCUUACCUCUUCGAAACAAUCAACGGAACAACCCUAGUGUUCUCCGGAGACACCCUUCCCGCAGAGAAACGUGUCCUUCUGAUCGCAAACCACAGAACAGAGGUGGACUGGAUGUAUCUCUGGAACAUCGCCUUGAGGAAAGGCUGUCUCGGCUACAUCAAGUACGUCCUCAAGAGCAGUUUGAUGAGGCUGCCUAUUUUCGGAUGGGGGUUUCAUAUUCUUGAGUUUAUCCCUGUGGAGAGGAACCGUGAGGUUGAUGAGCCUGUUAUGCUUCAAAUGCUUUCGAGUUUUAAAGAUCCUCAAGAACCUUUGUGGCUCGCUCUAUUCCCUGAAGGAACAGACUUCACUGAAGACAAGUGCAAGAGGAGUCAAAAGUUUGCAGCUGAGGCUGAUCUUCCAGCAUUAUCAAACCUACUUUUACCAAAAACAAGAGGCUUUAGCGUUUGCUUUGAAGCUCUGCAUAACUCUUUGGAUGCAGUAUAUGAUUUGACUAUAGCAUACAAGCCUCGCUGCCCAUCUUUCAUGGACAAUGUAUUCGGGACCGAUCCUUCAGAAGUUCAUAUCCACGUUAGGCGAGUUUUAGCUAAGGAGAUUCCAGCAAACGAUGCAGAGUCUUGUGCUUGGUUAAUGGAUUCGUUUCAGUUGAAGGACAAAUUGUUAAAUGAUUUCAGUGCUCAGGGGCAGUUCCCAAAUCAAAGACAAGAAGAAGAACUCUCUAUCUUGAAAUGCGUUGCAACUUUUGGAGUGGUGGUAUCUUUGACAGGACUGUUCGUUUAUCUGACCUUGUAUUCACUUAGCUGUUUCAAAGUCUAUGUUGGUCUAAGCUUUUGGUAUUUAUCUUUUGCUACUUAUUACAAGUUUCGACCUUCGCCACCUGUUGGCUGUUGUUGUUGUAGAGGAGGUUUUAGUAAGGAAGGAAAAGAACACUAACUCCUGUUGUACUACAUACAAUUCUUUCCUUACAUACACAGAAAUAAUAUCAAGAUUUUACAGG